CUUUUCUUUUUAUAAAUUCCUUUCCCCUCUCAGAUCCAUUGUCAGUUUUUUUUGUCUUUAUUCCGCAGUUUUGGCUGCCCGUCUGUGGUGCUGCCAUGUUUGGUCGGCAGAAUAACUUCUCCUGACUGAGUUGCGUCAACUUUUCUGUUAGUAGUAUAUUCAGUAAACUGUUCAAGUUUAAACUUAAUGCGAUCUUUUUACUCAAUCAAAUACAGUGGAAGAUCGCAACAUUUGUAAUUACAAUUAAGAAGAAGAGCGAAAUCUUCAAUAACUGCUUCAGCUCAAUGACGACUAAUUCCAACUGUAACCUUUACGUCCUAACUGCUUCUCAAGAUGUAAAUCUUGUCCAGUGAACGAAUUCGGGUUGCUUUUGUGGCCAGUGGGAGAGCCAGGAAUUUAUGCUAAGGGGGUUCGAAAAAAUACUAGAAAGUUACACUUGUGGAUUUGAACCCCCUUUGAUACUAUACUAGAAUCUUUAUGUCAAGGGGAAUCAAUAGUUUAUAUACCCAAAGAGAUUCAUUUUUGGCCUAUUUCCGCUGUAUAAUUUUCGGAGAAAGGGGAUUCAAUUGAACCCCCUUUGCUCUACAUAGCUCCGCUCCUGUUCGUGGUUAUAUGGCAGCACUCAAGUUCAUGGAUGCUUGUGAGUACAAUAAGCCUCCAGGGCUGGUCAGCGAUGGUGGUGGCGCUGAACUGGAAAAUUACUUGUCAGAAGAAACUCGAGAAGCAUGUUUAGGACUUCAUCCAGAUAGACUUGCAUCUAUUGUUAGUUCCUACGACAUCAAAACCUUAAAUAAAAUAGGAGGAGUUGAAGGGAUCGCAAGUAGGCUGAGAGUCUCAUUGGAUGAAGGAGUGAAAAAAAGUGAUGUGCAUAUCAGACAAAAUAUAUAUGGAUCGAACAAAUACAUUGAGAAACCUUUUAAAAGUUUUUGGACUUUUACAUGGGAGGCUUUGCAGGAUAUAACUCUCAUCAUCCUCAUGGUUUGUGCUGUUGUCUCUAUUGGUGUGGCGCUUGCCACCAAAGGGUGGCCAAAAGGAACAUAUGACGGGCUGGGAAUUCUACUUAGCAUAUUCUUGGUAGUCAUAGUUACUGCAAUUAGCGACUACAAGCAGUCAUUGCAGUUCAGGGAUUUGGAUAAGGAGAAGAAAAAGAUAUUUAUCCAGGUCACAAGAGAUGGAUCCAGGCAGAAGGUUUCCAUUUAUGACUUGGUGGUUGGUGACGUAGUUCACUUAUCUAUGGGGGAUCUGAUUCCCGCUGAUGGAAUAUUCAUAUCUGGAUACAGCUUGCUAAUUGAUCAAUCAAGCCUAUCUGGUGAGAGUGUACCCGUAAGCAUAUAUGAAGGAAGACCUUUUCUUCUAUCUGGAACCAAAGUGCAAGAUGGUUCAGCUAAGAUGCUAGUAACAACUGUUGGAAUGAGAACCGAAUGGGGUAAGCUGAUGGAGAGGCUAACAGAUGGGGUAGAAGAUGAGACUCCUCUGCAAGUUAAGUUGAGUGGUGUUGCUACCAUUAUUGGAAAGAUAGGACUAGCAUUUGGUCUGCUUACAUUUAUGGUGUUGACAGUCAGAUUUAUGGUAGAGAAAAUACUUCACCACGAGCUCACGAAAUGGUCUUCGAGUGAUGCACUUACUCUUCUAAAUUACCUCGUGACAGCAGUGACUAUAAUUGUUGUUGCAGUUCCAGAAGGACUGCCUCUGGCAGUGACGUUGAGUCUUGCAUUUGCAAUGAAAAAGCUAAUGGACAACCAGGCAUUAGUGAGGCAUCUUUCUGCAUGUGAGACAAUGGGUUCAGCUACUUGCAUAUGCACAGAUAAGACAGGAACACUUACUACAAACCAAAUGGUAGUCAAGAAGAUAUGGAUUUGUGAAAAAACUAAAAAGGUAGAAACUGAUGGAGGUGGGGAUGCAGUAACUUUGAAUAUAUCAGAAAAUGCAUUGGCCUUUCUUUUACAGGCAAUAUUUCACAAUACGGGAGCAGAGGUAGUUAAGGAUCAUGAUGGAAACAAGUCGAUUCUGGGAACACCAACAGAAUCAGCAAUAUUAGAUUAUGGAUUGCUUCUUGGUGGUAAUAUUUAUGAGCAAAGGAAGGACUGUAAAUUCCUAAAAGUUGAGCCUUUCAAUUCAGAAAAGAAAAAGAUGUCUGUGCUUAUUGCUCUCCCAGAUGGCAAAGUCCGAGCUUUCUGCAAGGGUGCAUCUGAGAUAAUCCUAAAAAUGUGUGACAGUCUUAUUGAUCUUAAUGGUGAAAUUGUUCCUCUGACAGAAAAUAGAAUAAGAAAUAUUAUGGAUGUCAUUAGUGAAUUCGCUGGCGAAGCCUUGCGUACUCUUUGUGUGGCCUUCAAGGACUUUGAGGAUGGCUGUGAAGAAAAUAUUAUUCCUGAUAGUGGCUACACAUUGUUAGCUAUUAUUGGGAUUAAAGAUCCAGUUCGUCCUGGGGUUAACAAGGCAGUAAAAACAUGUUUAGCUGCUGGAAUUACUGUGCGAAUGGUCACCGGUGACAAUAUUAAUACAGCCAAAGCCAUUGCUAAAGAAUGUGGGAUACUAACUGCUGAUGGUUUGGUCAUUGAAGGCCCAGAUUUUCGGGACAAAACUCCUGAUGAGAUGAGGCAAAUAAUUCCUAGAAUUCAGGUGAUGGCGCGAUCAUCACCAACGGACAAGCUUGUGUUGGUAAAGAAUUUGAGAGGUAUGUUUAAAGAGAUUGUUGCAGUUACUGGUGAUGGCACGAAUGAUGCCCCUGCUCUCCGUGAGGCAGAUAUUGGACUUGCUAUGGGUAUAGCAGGAACCGAGGUUUGUAGAUUUGCUCCUGUUUUAGGUUAAUAUAUUCUUACCAUUUUAUUGUAUUAAAGAUUCCAAAUUACAGUUUUUCUUUUCUUCUGCAGUUAAUAUUUUGUUCUCAUAUAAGGGCAUAAACUAUACCUUAGGAUUUUCCAUUUGAAUUGCUCAUUUACUUAAGUCUAUACAGUUGCCAUACUUAUAAAGAAGAAAGGUUUUGGAGUCCUAACUGAAGUGGCUCAUUGACAAGUUAGAGCAAUUAAAAAUCAAUGGUCUUUCUCGCAGUAGUAUGUUCAGUCGUUUGCAAUUGCAAUAAAUUCAAGAUUAUGGC